AUGGAGAAAUACGCCCCUAAAUUUAGCAAAGUUCUGCUGACACCUGAUCCACACUAUAUACCGGGGUAUGCAGGGUAUUGCCCACAGCUGAAGUUUAAUUUGGGGAAGUCAUACGCCCGGCUCACAGCCGAGCUGCUGACCAGUCCUGAUGUGAAGCGCUCCAGUCGUCCGGUCCUCCACACGGGUCACGUCCCCUCCACUGACACAGAUGCUCUGACACUGAGAGGCAUCCCGGACAGUGACCUGAAGAAGAUGAUACCAGGAUACACAGGCUUCAUUCCAAGAAGUCAGAACUACUUUUCCUGCAGCUACUCUGAAACAUGUCGUAAAGCGCUGGCAGAGUUUUACCAGGAAGGGUGUGCGGGCACCCGGCAGCAAUCAAAAGACCUGCCAGUUGUGGUCAACUACACCAACCAAAAGUUUGAAAGACCAGAACCCUCCCAGACAUCAAUCUCCAACAAAGUGAUUCACUACAAGCCCUUGAAGUCCUUCGACCACAUUGGAAAACCAUAUUUCAUGGAGGACGAUAACCCACACAAGUACUUUAUCUCAGGAUUUACAGGGCAUGUGCCAAAAUGUCGUUUCCUAAUUGGUAAAGGCUACCCCAUCACCACCAACCAGGCACUGAUCCAGUUUGGAAAGCAGCAGCAGAAUGACCCCACGUCCCAAAACAUCCCAUGGAGGAAGGACAGUACAACACCUCCCAUGCCCACUAUCUAUCCAUCAAACAGGGGUGUGGUGCCAUCAUUCACAGGACACAUCCCAGGAUACCAGUUCAUGUAUGGACAUACCUUUGGUCAACUUUCCCAGAAUGCACUGGAAAAGAGCAGCAUCAAGAGGAACCUUCGAGAAAAGUCUUAA